AUGUAAAAAAAAACGCUGUUAAAUCGAUAAUUGAUUCUAGAAUGGUUUGAUUAAACAGAUGAGGCAUUUGCUGAUAAGCUUCUAAAAGAUAAUCAAUUCUCAUUCUCAAAAUUGCCUAGGAGAGAAGAAAUUUUAUCAAUUUUAAGCUCAGUUGAAAAAGCUUAUAAUAGUAAAAGAGGUGCUUGGACUCCUUGCUAAGAUAAAUUUCUUAAUAUAGCAGUUUUAGGUUUAUGCCUAAAACAUCAAUAAAAUCCUAUUGAACUAGUAUUUCAAUUAUUUUAUCAGUUUAAUAGACUUCCUAAUAAUGGAAUGAGAUUUCUAAUUUGUUUAGAUUUCAUAAUUGGAAAGCUUGUAGAAAUCGUUGGUUAGAAGAAUCUCGUAAAAAGGCUUGUUGGACACCUUUAGAAGACAAAGUUUUAAAACAAUUACAAUAGUUUAAACCAAAUAAAUGGUGUGAGAUUGCUAUUGAUUUAAUGAGAAUUUGUAAAACUCCUUAUAUUAGAUAAGGAAAAUCAUGUCGUGAUAGAUGGGUAAAUAAACUUGAUCCAAAUAUUAUCAAGUAUAAAUUCAAAAAAUAUUAAAAUAGUAAUCCUUGGACUAAAGAAGAGGAGCUUCUUUUGUUUAGAGAAACAGAAUUAAGAGGUAAAAAAUGGGCUGAAAUUUCCUCUUAAGUAUUCUAAUCAUAAAGAACAGAGAACAAUAUUAAAAAUAGAUAUUAUAAUAUAUUUAAACAAGCUGAAUCGUAACAUACUUUUGGAAAAAUAACAAAAGAAUAAAAAAAUAAAAUACUAAUUAAUUCAAUCAUUAAGUAAUUCGAAGGAGCGAUUAACUAUCAUAAAAAAUAAGAAGAAACAGUAGAAUAAGAACUAAAUAAAUAUUAAUUACAUUUAUUUGAUUUUAAUGAAUUAGAUGAUUAUGAAGGCAUUGCAAUUUUGUCCAAAAAGAAAUUUGUUAAAUUAAAUUAUCAAAAUUGA